ACAAGCCCCGGCGCGAUCCGGCGAAGAGAGGCGGGUGUGCGGGUGAGAAAACCGAGCGCUCCCUCCUGACGCCGCGUCCAGCUAAACAAACUACAUCAUCACCCCGCGCCUUUGUUGUCAGGCUGCAACCGUCCAUCGGCCCCAGCUAGCUACACCGACCCGCUGUGCAGGAGGACAACCGAGAGGAGAAACACGCUCAUAAUGAACCGUGUUACGUUUCUAUGCAGCUGAAUCCUCCCGACAGAGGGAUCAGAGGCGGGUUGAGCUGAAGGAAUCAGUCGCUGUUUGAGGAAGGUCGACAGAACGAGGAGAGUCCACAUGUCGUCGGCAGCAGAGACGGUGGAAAAUGCUUCCAUCAUUUCAGAGAGUGUGUCCCAUGAUGGAAACCGUUUGUGGAUAGGCAACAUCGACCCCAAAAUCACAGAGUAUCACCUUGUGAAGUUGUUGGAGAGGUUUGGGCAGGUGAAGCAGUUUGACUUCCUGUUCCAUAAGUCUGGGCCUUUAGAGGGACAGCCACGGGGCUACUGCUUCGUCAACUUCAGCACCAGAGAGGAAGCGGAGCGGGCGAUCCAGUGUUUAAAUGGGAAGCUAGCUUUAUCCAAGAAGCUGGUCGUGCGCUGGGCGCACGCACAGGUGAGGAGGUUUGAAGGUUUCCGUAACGACAAGACGAUGCCUCCGAGCCUGGAGCCGUCGUGCAGCGGUGCGGGAGAGGACGGAGCCUUAACAGCCAAUCACCUCAGCACGAGUGCUAAAAUCCGCGCCAUCGAGGCCAAGCUCCAGAUGAUGGAUGAGAAUCCAGACGAUGACUACUCGGGCCCGUCGGCCUACGUUCACAACAAACCACCAGAGAGGAAACGAUGGGAGCCCUACAAUAAAUCCCACCACAACAACCAGAGCAGGCCCUUCCGCAAGUUUAGGAGAUGACCCCAUGCUCAGAGACAACCCCCACCACCACACCUCAGACCCCCACCCACACACAUACAGACUCUAUACAAUAGAUAUUAUACAGACUUUAUCUGGGACUAAAAGAUUUUUGAAGUUGUUCCUUUAAGACCCUGGACUCUUUGAGGAGAAGUAAGUGUUUUAUUAUCAGGGCCCGAGCACUGACAGUGUGAGGACACUUUUGGAAUUGCUUCGAUUAUGAUUAUUUUUAUUUUCAGUACAUAAUUAGUUAUCAUUUAGUCUUCAAUGAUAUCCCAAACCUGCCUGCUGUACAGGUUGGUUCCCUCAUCAGUCUCAAGCUUUCUCAUUGUUACAGAGAUUUAAUGCAGGUGCAUCAUCCAGCAGUGAUUUACAGCCACUAAAGAAAAGAGAAAUUAUUAUUAAGGCGUUUCAGUUUUGUUUGUUUUAACUUCUAGAUCGAAUUAUUUAAAUGAGGUGUCCUCACUUUUCAGUGUUUGUCUUGAUUCAAGACGUCAGGAGAAAGAAAUAAGAUUUAUAACGGGUUUGUAUUAAUGGAGUUUAAAUGAGAAGCCACUCAGCGACUAUUAAUGUAAGCACCAGUUUUUUUGUGUCAUGUUUUUUUCCUAAUAUUUUUUUUUCUUGAAUCCAAUUUUUCUACGACUGCAGUCCAAUCACUUUUUGCAAACGUUUUGUGGUGUGGAGAGUGUUUUUAUUUUCAUUUUCAAUUAAAGGUAAUUAAAUAUCUCAUCCGCAGCGUGUUGUUUCAUGACAUUUUAUAGAUUGUACUCCAGAUCCAAAUGAGUUGUGCUAUUAUCAGCAACAUUAAAAUGCCCUCAGUCUGUUGCUGAAAUCAAAGAAUUGGAUCCUAAGAAAUUCGGUUACCCUGCUUAACCUCUUUAAAAUAUUAAUAAAAGCAGAACCACUGUUAUUCAGCGUGGAUCAUAAAUGUUUUGAACCACAUAGAAUUACCAUGAGGUACCACCUUGUCUGUAAUAAUUGAAUAUAACUGGUGAUUUUAAACACUGAUAAUGUUUUAAGCCCCAUUUUCUUUAUUUCUCCUUCAAUAUUAAAUAGUUAAUUAAUUUGUGCUUUCCCCAAAAAGAUUUUAGUAAAUAAUUUCAAUCCUGAAUGUUGGUUUAAUGUGGAUUUUUUUUAAUUUAAGUUGAACCUUGUCCUGUGUGUUGUUCUAAUGGAGCACAGUGAUGUGUUUGAUGUGAUCUGAAUUGUGUGACAAGCAGUGUGAGGCUGUAAAAAAUCCUUUUCAGGGCAAAAUAUAUUUUAACUGAUAAUAUUCAACUCUGAUAUUAAUAUGAAAGCUAAAUAACAGCAGGGAGACAGAUCAAUAACUGUAAAGAUGACAGAACAUUAUUUCGCGAGCUGAAGAAACCAAAUCCUACCUCUUGACAUCACCCAGUCGUUUCCUGUUCUCAUUUCUUUGUUGCUGUAAAUUCACCAGAUCGCAGAAUAUCUCUGAUGUUCGUCAGAUCAGCUGAACGGUUCCUUUGUGCCAUGUGUGCGCAUUUAUCUGUUUUAAAUAAAAAGGCCCCGUUCGUUCAAA